AUGAGAACGGGAAGCUGCGCUGUGCAACAGGGUCUAACCCCAGAAGCGGCAAGCAUAGUGAAGCAAGCAGUGACACUGGCGAAGCGUCGUGGGCACGCGCAAGUGACACCUCUCCAUGUGGCAAACACGAUGCUCUCGAUCACCAACGGGCUUCUAAGAACCGCGUGUCUCCAAUCCAACUCUCACCCUCUCCAGUGCAAGGCCUUGGAGCUUUGCUUCAACGUUGCGCUGAAUCGGUUACCGGCUUCAACCUCUUCCAGCCCCAUGUUGCAAGGUUCUCACCACCACCACUCCCACGCGUGUCCCUCUAUCUCAAACGCUUUGGUUGCCGCGUUCAAAAGGGCUCAAGCACACCAACGACGUGGAUCCAUUGAGAAUCAACAACAACCACUCCUGGCAGUGAAAAUAGAACUCGAGCAACUCAUUAUUUCGAUCUUGGAUGACCCUAGUGUUAGCCGAGUCAUGAGAGAGGCUGGGUUCUCUAGCACUCAAGUGAAAAGCAACGUUGAACAGUCGGUUUCUUUGGAAAUAUGCUCUCAGAAUAACGGUAGUGGUAAUAGUAAUACUAAGGGAAAGGAAAACAACAGUAGUGGAGAGAAAGGGUUGGUGUUGGAUCCCAUUAGGGGUGAGGACGUUGCUAGUGUUAUUGAUAAUUUGGGGAGUCAGAGAAAGAGCAGUGUUGUGAUAGUGGGAGAGUGUGUUACUAGUCUUGAGAGUGUAGUUAGAGGAGUGAUGGAAAAGGUUGAUAAAGGGGACGCUGGUGAUUGUCUUAGGGGUGUCAAAUUUAUAUCUCUUUCUCUUUCUUCUUUUGGGAACGUUUCAAGAGUGGAAGUUGAGCAAAAGGUUGAAGAGCUUAGGAGUCUUGUGAAGGGAGGUGAACAUAGCAAAGGGUACGUUUUGUAUUUGGGAGAUCUUAAAUGGUUGUUUGAUUAUAGGGCUCGUGGAUCACAAGGGAGAGCGUGUUAUUGUUCUGUAGAUCACAUGGUGAUGGAGAUUGGGAAGCUUGUGAGUGGGGUUGAAGAGAAUGGUGCAAGGUUUUGGGUGAUGGGUGUUGCCACUUUUCAAGCUUACAUGAGAUGCAAAAAUGGCCAUCCAUCGCUGGAGACUCUUUGGGAUCUUCAUCCUAUUACUAUCCCUGCCGGAAGCCUGCGCUUGAGUCUCAUCACUGACAGUGGUCUACAAAUUCAGCCCACAAACAAGAAAGCUGACAACAGAACUAGCUGGCUCUUACUCGAAGGAGAGGGGGAUGAUCAGAAACAACAACCUUGCUUCCCGGAACCUUCCACCAAGAAUGAGACCGAAGUUCGAAGCUUGCAAAACAGUACUUGCAAUAGUGACUCCUCAAGUUCAACCCUCCCUGCAUGGCUCCAACAGUACAAAAAUGAGAAUAAAGGAAUCACCUAUAAUGAUCAGAAUUGUGUCCCAGUUGGAGAGCUUUGCAAAAAGUGGAACUCUAUGUGUAGUUCAAUCCAAAAGCAACCUUAUCCUUCAGACAAAUCCCUCACAUUAUCCUCAGUAUCACCCUCGUCCUCAACCUCAGGUUUCUCAUACGAACAACAACAUUCUAAUUUGCACCAAACCCAUCAUGAGUGGCAAGUGGCUUCACCCAAAGACUCAUUGAAUAAUAACCAACAUUUCUGGAUCUCAAACAAUGGUUGCAACAACCCCAAUGAACCCACUUUGCGAGUGUACAUUCCAGAGAACAAGGACAGCACAAAACAACCAUUCUCAUCUCCCAACCCAAGUUCCAACCCUAAUUCCGCUUCUUCCAGUGACAUCAUGGAAGUGGAGUACGUGAGCAGGUUCAAAGAGUUCAACUCGGAGAACCUGAAAACACUGUGCAACGCGUUGGAGAAAAAGGUGUCGUGGCAGAAGGAUAUGAUACCAGAAAUUGCUAGCACCAUUUUGCAAUGUCGUGCUGGCAUGGUGAGAAGAAAAGGAAAAGUGAGAAACAGUGAAGAAGUGAAAGAAGAAACAUGGUUGGUCUUCCAAGGUGUUGAUGCGGAAGCUAAGGAGAAAAUAACAAGAGAAUUGGGUCGGCUUGUUUUUGGGUCCCACAACGACGUCGUUAACAUAGCAUUGAGUAGUUUCGCGUCAACAAGAGCAGAUUCGACUGAGGAUUAUAGCAGGAACAAAAGAUCAAGAGAAGAAACAAGUUGCAGUUACAUUGAGAGGUUCGCAGAAGCCAUGAUGAACAACCCUCAUAGAGUGUUUAUUGUUGAAGAUAUAGAGCAAGCGGAUUAUUGUUCUCAACUUGGUUUCAAAAGGGCCAUUGAGAGAGGAAGAGUUGCGGAUUCAAACGGUGAAGAGAUUGCACUUUGUGACGCAAUCAUCAUUCUAAGCUGUGAAAGUUUCAGUUCAAGGUCAAGGACUUGUUCUCCUUCGGUCAAACAAAAAUCGUUGACUGAGGAAGAAAAGAAUGGUGACAUUGCCACUUUGGAGGAGACAAGCCCUUGUGUUUCUUUGGAUUUGAAUAUUUCCAUUGAUGAUGAGAACGAGGUUGAGGAUCGAUCGGUGGAUGAAAUUGGGCUUCUUGAAUCCGUAGACAGAAGGAUUAUAUUCAACUUUCAGGAAUUUUGA